UCGCUGGUCCGACGUUUGAACAGACCAAAAUGGCGUCUUCGCCUUUCAACAAUCCCUCUUGCGAUUGGUUCUUUGAUAUUGUUGCGCCGUUUUCAUUGGUUUCUUGAUGAGUUGUUUUCACAGUUCACUUCCGAAGAGAGCUGAAGAGUUGCUGUCGCGUGUGGUGAGAGCGCUGUCAUUCAACAAAAUUAUAAUGGCUGACAGUGCCGACGUUAACGUUACACCUGUCGUGAGCAGCCAGCCUCCUGGAAAAGAGGAGCAGGGAGGAGGAGAAGGUGGAGAGGGCGCAGAGAAGGAUGCAGGAGGUGGUCUGACUGACGCCCAGACAGAGAAGGAUGCAGGAGGUGGUCUGACUGAUGCCCAGACAGAGAAGGAUGCAGGAGGUGGUCUGACUGAUGCCCAGACAGAGAAGGAUGCAGGAGGUGGUCUGACUGAUGCCCAGACAGAGAAGGAUGCAGGAGGUGGUCUGACUGAUGCCCAGACAGAGAAGGAUGCAGGAGGUGGUCUGACUGAUGCCCAGACAGAGAAGGAUGCAGGAGGUGGUCUGACUGAUGCCCAGACAGAGAAGGAUGCAGGAGGUGGUCUGACUGAUGCCCAGACAGAGAAGGAUGCAGGAGGUGGUCUGACUGAUGCCCAGUCAGAGCUGUUGGAGAGGUGUCUUCAUUCACUCAAGCAUGCUAAAAAUGACAGUCACACAUUGGCUGCUCUUCUGCUGAUAACUCGCAUGUGCCCAGCAAGCCAGCUAGACAAACCCACCUUGAGGCGCAUCUUCGAGGCCGUGGGGCUGAACCUUCCAGCUCGGCUUUUGGUGACAGCGGUCAGAGAGGGUGAGAACUCCAGUUUACCGCCACACGAACUGCUCUCCCUGGGCACAGCUCUGCUGGCUGCCCUGAGUACAGACCCAGAUAUGGCCUCCCAUCCCCAGCUCCUCGCCACCAUCCCGCUCCUGCUGGGCAUUUUAGCCAACGGUCCUGUGAACCAGCAGAAACAGGCAGCCCAAGUUGGAGAGAUGGGGCAAAAUCCAGACUGGAAAGUCCAGUCAGCAGCGAGUUCAACCACAGAAAGCAAUCCUGCAAAUGUGGCAAAAUCAGCAGGAGAGGGUAAGACCAGCAAGCAAAAAGGUGAUGACUGCAGUGAGGGAAACAGAGUAUCAGCAUCUCAAGAAACCUCACCCUCCUCCAAGCUCGAUGAGGCCAUGGCUGCUGACUGCUACCAGGUCCUCACAGCCGUGUGUGCUUUACCCAAAGGUCCAGACCAGUUGCUCAGCAGGGGUGCCGUCCCUUCUCUGUGUCAAGCAGUGGAACAAAACCAGACUUUCAGCCACAAGAGAGGGCUUGCCUUGCUUGGUUGCCUCCUCUCCGGUAAAAACAAGGACAAAGUGUGGAGCAAACACCCUGCAGAACUUCUCACUCUGCUGGCCAGGCUCUCCAAAGACUUCUGCAAAGCCAGAGACCAGACCAGGCUGGACAUGUGUGCCCAGUUGGUGCAGUUUCUCCCACCAGUAGGAGUGGCAGUAGAGAGUGAGGAGCUGAAGGGAGUCGUGGCCCAUGUAUGGGGUGCAUUGAGACCCAUGCUGCAGGCCAAGUUGACACCGAGACAGAUCGGUCCGAUCCUGGUCCUCAGUGCUUGUCUGCUGGAUUUGUACGGGUGGGAGCUGGUGGGGCCGCCAAAGUUCUGCUGCUUACUAGUGAACCGGGCCUGCGUGGAGGUCAGAAUGGGUUUGGAGGAACCGCCUGGUAACGAUCUGAGCCCAGAGCUGCAACAGACUCUCACAGGCUGUUACCGAAUCAUGGAGGCUGCCAUAGAGCAGGCCUGCUGUCUGGGAGUGUCACAGACCACGGCACUUCCUCAGAGCUCCGUGUCUUCACUCAGCCUGCAGCAGAGCAGGCAGGUCCUCGGGGUGUUGGAGGAGGCCUUCUCUGCUUUAAUGUACCACCUGCAGCAGGUGGAUCCAAGUCGCUAUGAUGAUCCUUUUAUUUUCGCCACAUUCCGCUCUCUGUGCUCAUGGCUGGCCGAGGAGACUUCCUGUCUGAAGGAGGAAGUGACUGGACUGUUGCCGUUCUUGAUCGGCUACUCCCGGAGCCACUUGCAGGCUGAGAGCCCAGAGCAGGGCCUCUCUGGCUGGAUGGCCGAGAUGUCGGUCAGGGAGGAGAGGGAAGGGUGGACGGGCAGAGAAGCUCUCAGGUAUCUCCUCCCAGCUUUGUGCCACCUGUCAGCAGAGGAAGGUCCCAGAAAGGUGCUUCUCACCCUCGACACCCCGGCCCUGCUGGUGGACUUCCUGUCGCAGUGCUGGACUUCGCUCAAGGGGAAAAGUGGGGUGGCGUCAGCCAGGGAUCCCAGCAUGGAGACAGCCUGCUCAGCCCUCCUUAACUUCACUGUCACAGAGCCGGAGAGAGUCAGGAAGGACCCAUGUUUCAGAACGCUGGAGGCCCUUUUGAGUGAAGCACUUCCUGUUUUGGUGCAUAAGCCCCGUCUGGUGGUCCUAGCAGCAAAUUACUGCACACUGGGACUAAUGAUUGGCAGACUCAAAUCCGCUCCCUCAGGCUCAGUUGAAGCCGGCCAGAAGCGGUUCUUCUCUACAGCGCUCCGGUUCCUCCUCAGCGCCCUGGAGUCUGGCUCCAGCCACGGUCCAGUCAGGGUGAGCCCCAGCUGGGAGGAGAGUUGGGACGAGGCCGCGGAGCUCUGGAGGUUGUGUCUGCAGGCUCUGGGAGGCUGCGUCCGCGCUCAGCCCUGGAUCACCACGCUGGUCCGAGACGAAGGUUGGCUCAAACACACACUCACCAUGCUGAGUCAGUGUAACGCACUACCUGACCAGCACACACAGGAGGCGCUAGAGGAAGCUCUGUGUGCCAUGGCAGGCCAGUGCCCGGUCUGUGAACUGGAGAUUGGAGACAUGAUGAGAAACGAUAAAGGGGCUUUGAGCUGUAUGAGGAACCUGAAGAAGUCUGUGGUAGUGAAGUGAAACCAAGCUGCUGCCGACAGACAAUGUGCUCUUUAAUGGAGUAUUUUUAACUUGCAGAGUUGAAAAGGAAGUAAUAAAGGAGGGCUGUUACUGAAGCCAAGCUUGUGUGUUGAUUACUUGUACCAAUCUGACAUGAAUAAUGUGUUACCUUUUGUCCCAGACUUAAAGAAAUAAUGAAAGGCCCCAGAUACUACAGGUCUAGUGAUAUUUGCAAAUGAGCUUACAUUGAAAAGAGGGCACUGAAAAUUAUGUUCCACAAAUCAAAUUUUCAGUGUAAUGUGAUAUAAAUGUUUAGUCAGCUGUGCUCUGAAAAGACACAGUUUCUUACAUGUCAAUUGUGAAAUGUUAAUGUCUUUAAUAAAGAGCUAUUUUGUUAGAAAACCA